CAGUGAUCCAGUGACUGCAGAAACUAGCCUUUCACUUAAGCUUGCCUGGUAUCCAAGCUAGAGUCCCAGGCUCCUCCAAGGGACUGAGGCCACCAUGGCUCAGGAGAAGUCCCUCAUCCUGUUCCCACUGUUAGUCCUGGUGCUGUUAGUGCUGGGGUGGGUCCAGCCUUCCCUGGGCAAGGAAUCACGGGCCAUGAAGUUCCAGCGGCAACACAUGGACCCAGGCGGCCCCAGCAACAACUCCAACUACUGCAACCAAAUGAUGAGGCGCCGGAAUAUGACAAAGGGAUGGUGCAAGCGAGUGAACACCUUCGUGCACGAGCCUCUGGUAGAUGUCCAGGCCGUUUGCCUCCAGGGAAACAUCACCUGCAAGAAUGGGGAGCCCAACUGCCACAAGAGCAACUCCAGCAUGAAUAUCACAGACUGUCAUGAGACGAGUGGCUCCAAGUACCCCAACUGUGACUACCAGACCAGCCACAAAGAGAGGCACAUCAUCGUGGCCUGUGAGGGAAACCCAUACGUGCCCGUCCACUUUGAUGCUUCAGUAGAGGUCUCCAUCGGAGAUCAGAGCAGUGAGAUGCCCCUCGAGUCAUCUGUCUCUCCCUCAUCCUUGCUACCACUGAGGGAAAUGACUCAAGCUGCAGGCCCAGAAAAGCAGCAAAACCAAAUGAAGCAAUGACAUCCUGGCUUUGGGACCAGAUGCAAUGACUAAUGAUCUCCUACCCUAGUACCAACCAAUCAGUAGAGACCACCACCUUGAAAGGACACACUUGGAAAGCUGAUGAAUAUUCUGCUGAAAUCCUCCCCUGAGACCUCUUCAAAAAUCCACGCCUUUGGAAAAUACAUAAAAGCCAUCAAGAUGAAGAAGGACCAGGUCUCUCUCUCUCUCUCUCUCUCUCUCUCUCUCUCUCUCUCUCUUGCCCACACCUUGCCCUAUCCCCUUCCUCCCUCAGGUGCACUCUCUCUCUAGAGCACUCCCAAGCCUUUCCUUCCCCCUUUCUUCCAUCAGGUGCAUUGUCUUUGAUUUCUUUCUCCUAAAGCUCCAAGGCCCUUGUUUGCCUCUGUAACUUGCUUCCUGAGUCCAUGCAGUCUAGCUGGCUUACUUCUUCCAUGGGUCACUUUUUUUACCCUGUGACGUUCUAAAUAAACUUUUGCUUGUACUACA